AUGGCGAGGUCUCCGCCCCUCUGGAGCAAGCACUGGUUAUCACCGCUCAUGAUUAGGAUCACCAGCACCAUCACCAUCGCCAUCAGAAUCACCACCACGAUCAACAUCGAGAUCAAGGAGUACCGAAUACUACCAAAGAAGCCAGUCUCGAGUCUCCUAGAGAGCAUCCACAACCGCGUGGAAGUGAUCGAAGCACGUCUUGCAGCGAAUAAUCCGACAGGGCAGGGGGCGCCCCACGACACGGUACCACCACAAGCCCACAUCGCCCAGAACACCGGUUCCGUGUACGGGCCACAUAUUUCCAUUCAAGCCAAUAUGAAGCGUCCCGCCGGAGCGGAAGCGGAAGUAGAAGAGCAAGAAGCCCGAGCGUUCCUCGAGCCCAAAGAGAUAGAUCGCAAGCCUCUCAAACCCAGUGGUCUCGCAGAAGCGGUCCCGCCCCGGAGGGGCCUGGACGGAACGGAGCGAUGCAUCGACGGUAGUUAG